CUCUCUCAGACGGUACUAGCGAAGGCUCUUUUCGACAACACAGCCGAGAGUCCAGAGGAGUUGGCCUUCCGGAAGGGAGAUAUUUUGAUGGUCCUAAAUCAGGAUCAAGGAGGAGGGCCCGGAUGGUGGCUCUGCUCCCUGCACGGCAGACAAGGCAUUGCCCCUGCCAACCGCCUGCGCCUUCUCCAGACCUCGCCCGCCCCUGCCCCUGCCAAUGCCAAUGCCACCGCCACAGAUGCGCGCAGGGCCCCCAGUGUGGAUUCUGUCUACCUCUCCCCAAGGGAUGACUUGGAUGGGGUCUAUCUCUCCCCCCCGAGCCUGGGAGACGGGGUGUACCAGAGCCCAGGGGUAACUCCCACAUCCAGACCGGGAGAACUCCGACAGUCUGAGGGGGGGCGCCCGCGUUCCCACUCCAGCUCUGGCACGAGGCCACGUCCAGAUUGGGACGUCGGGGUGACGGGCCGACCUCGCUCGCCUUCUCUCAGGGGUCGGGGUGGGGAGCCCGGCACGGUCUACCAGACGCCCACGUCACCUGCUCCUUUGACAGCUGCAGCAUAUACCAGAUCUCACGGAGCGUUGGCUUCAGAGUCAGUGUACCUGACACCCAGACCAGCAGCUGAAGCUGUGGCUGAUGCCACAUACCUUUCCCCGAGAGAAGCGACUGGAUCAGGGCACUCAGACGGCUGUUAUCUGGUGCCUAGGCCGUCAACAACAUUACUGCCCAAUGAGGAACUGUACCAGACUCCAACGAGUGCAGUGUCUGCAACAGUGCCUACUGAAGCUAAGAUGCAAGAUGGCACUUGUCCCAAAAGCAGCCCCUCAACUUCAGUCAAUGGCUCCGUUCCCUCACAAUCCAAAACAGGACACGAACCCCCAGCAAUGUACCAAACCCCGACACCACCAGGAGGGGCAAUCCAAAGGACCCCUAUAAAUGAACGUAAGCUCCACAGAGGUGACUCUUUGCCUGCAGUGGCGUCGCCUGCCCCAGUGCAACAGAGACCGUUACCUGUAACGGCCAGAGGGUCACCGAGACCCCUUGCGAAAGUUGGUCAGAAAGAACCCGGGGCCCCUUUCACUCCUCCUGUGGGUCGAGGAAAAUUAUCUCAGGGCGCGUUGAGAGGGUCCCCUUUGUUGGCGAGGGCAGGUAAAGCAGGGGUACCAGGGUCUCCAAACUUUGGGCGCAAGCCUCCACCACCCGCCCCACCAGUCAGAAGCGUCACCAGAAAAGACGCAUGGCCGUCUUCUCCGACGACAGUUACUGCGGCUCCCAAACCUGUUCUCCAGGGGAGCCCUGCACCCCCACAGCAGAGCAGAGAAGAGGAGGAGAGACAUAAAGGGUCAGAGAGGUGUAAAGAGGUAGAGAAGUCAGCAGAUGAAAAGAAGAAGGAUUCCGGAACGAAAACAAAGAAAAUGGAGGACAAAGAAUAUGAGGAUCUCGACGGCCAAGAUCAGGUGUAUGAUACUCCUCCCACCAACAGAUGGCAGCGCCCAGUUCCAGCAGAAGAGGACGAGAGCAUCUACAACACCCCUCGCACCGUCCCUGUGCACCUCAACCAAGGGUCUGAGAUAUAUGACAUCCCCACCCUGGGUCUGACUCCACCGCCUGUUGCAGCAGCUGCAGAGGUCGAAGAGGAAGACGUCUACAGUGUUCCAAGUCUCCCCGGUCUCCCAUUGGUGACAGGGGAGAUUCCCGCGUUGACAGAGACAGCCACUGGGAAUGUCCUCAGCCCAGGAAAGCUAGAGCCUAGCUUGCAUAGCAACGCCGCUUCGGAGGAUGUUUCAGAGGCCGACGGGGGGAUCUACGACAUGCCCGCCCUCACUCUCGAGGUCCCUCCCUCCUCUUCCUCACGCCGUCUCUCUAUAUCUAGCACGGGCUCUGCGGACGUCCAGUGGAAGACCUCCCUCUCGGCCCUUAUCCAAUCAGCUCUCGGCUCAGCUUCGCAAAGCAGCACCCUGUCUCGAGACCUCGCCACCUCGUUGGCCGAGAUCUUGUCUGCCUGGAAGGCGGGACAUGCUGGUGAUGCCCCGCCUCCCCUCCAGCAGAUCUGGUCCCGCCUCUCCGACCUCCUGCCCGCCCUUUCCGUGGGCGGCACAGCGCCCCCGGCGGAGGCCCUCGUAUCCAUGGUCCAGCGGGCGCUGGAAGACUCCGCAUUGCUCCUGCAAAGCCAGGAGAGGCCGCGCCUCCCCUCUCAGGAGUCCCUGUCCCGGAGGCCGCUCCCUGCUCUCCCCGUGGCAGAGGUCAAGCCCAUCGCCGGGGGCAUGGGGUCAAGGAAAGGCAGCUGGAUCCAGGAGCGGCCGCUGCCUCCUCCUCCCACCGCGGCCUUUCCGCUGCCCCCGGCGCCCGUUCUGCUGCCCCCUACCGUGGGGAGAACCGAAGAGGACGAGCAGGUUAACGAGUAUGCUGGGAUCGGUCUAACUCCUGCUCCACCGUCUUAUCCCACAGGGGACAGCGUGGGAUACGUCAAACUGCAGGGGAAGCCAGAACCCCACCCAGAUGCUCAGGUAGAGAGCGGCUCAACGCAGGUCAUCACCACUGCUGAGACUAGGUUGAGUCCGUCUCCUCCUCUCCCGGUGUCCCUCUCCCUGGAGGAUUCAGAGCUCCUCUCCUUCUACUCAUCUCAGAGUCGGUCCCACCUCUCAUGCCUGGGAGACUCCAUUGACGCUCUUUUUGCCAGUGUUAAGGGGAAUCAGCCACCCCGUGUUUUUGUCUCCAAGGCCAAGAGCCUCAUUGUUACUGCACACAAGCUUGUCUUCAUUGGGGACACGCUCGCCCGAAUUCUCAGCUCUUCGGACCUCAGGGCAAAGGUCACGACCUCAAGUGGGAGGCUUUGUCAGGCUUUGAAAUCUGUCGUCGUGGCAACAAAGGGAGCCGCACAAAACUACCCAUCGUUCCCCGCCACUCAGGAAAUGGUGGAUCGUGUGGCUGACCUAUCCCAGCAUGCAGCAGGGUUCUCUGGGCUUCUUCAGCGACUAGCACAGAUAUCUUGAUG